AUGGCAUCUGACCCGUCAAGAGCCGCUCAAAUGGCCGGCGACGUCGCUGCGACUGUCGCCCAUGCCCUCAGCAGCUCUCCAGCUACUUCUGGCGUGAGCACCAUGCCCGCUGUCAUCCCCCAUGAGCCCUAUACCUGGUUCGGCCUCUUCGGGUGGUUGAUCUGGUUUAUCUUCCAUAUUACCUCGACCAUCCUUUACUGGGUGGUUCGGAUCGCGACGAUUAAUGUCCCUUCCUUUCUAUUCCACUUGUUCUCGACAAGCUGGACCGUCACUAUGAAUGCCACCACACUCAUGUUCAUCAUGGCAGCUGUCGUGUCAGCCGUCAGUUGGGUCGUCAGGUAUCGCAUUCUCAACAUGUACUCUCGUCUACCGCCAGAGCCACAGCGCAAAGAGCCGGAAAUCGAUCUCUUCCCAGACACCCACGAAGGUGGUACCAAGUCGGGGCUGGCAAACUACUUGGACGAAUUCUUGAGUGCUAUCAAGAUCUUUGGUUACCUAGAGCGACCUGUCUUUCAUGAGUUGACUCGCAGCAUGCAAACGAGGAAACUCAUUGCAGGAGAGACCAUCAACCUUGAAGAAGAAAAGGGCUUCUGUAUCGUGGUUGACGGCUUGGUUGAGAUCUUUGUCAAGUCAAACCGAAGUCCACGCGCAGCAGCUGCCUCUCGAGGACAUCUUGAUCUAGACUCGUCCGAUGAGGAUGAUGUCGCUCCUGGUCAACAGACCUACCAGCUGCUCACAGAGGUUCGGAAUGGUGCACCCAUGUCUUCAUUGUUCUCCAUCAUGUCCCUUUUUACAGAGGAUGUCAGGCUGCGGCCAAAUGAGGAUCAUGAAGAGACUUCUCUGCAUCAUGUCCAGAGCAGUGGCCUUCGGCAUCCGACUUUUGAACAGCCAAACAGCCCAAAUGUCACUGCGGAUAUCCACAUGUCUAUGCCAGGCACACCUCAUAGACACGGCGAGAUGGAUGAGCAGAAGCCAAAAGGUCUCGGCGUAUCUGGCUUUGAAACUGAUCAAGCUGCGAUCCCGCCAAUGUCAUUGGAUAGCUCUACUCCUCCCCCUCCACCUACCAGGCCGCCCAUGCCCACAAGGACUACAUCUGGGUCGGCCCAUCCAGACAUCAUUGCUCGAGCUACAGUCGAUACCACGAUUGCCAUUAUUCCUGCCAGUGCAUUCAGAAGACUCAUCAAGAUCUACCCCAAGGCCACUGCACAUAUUGUUCAUGUUAUCUUGUCGAGAUUUCAGAGAGUCACUCUUGCUCAAGCCUACAAUUACCUCGGCUUGACUAGUGAGGUGUUGCAGACAGAGAAGAGCAUGAUCAAGUACACGAUGUGUCAACUCCCAAACAUUCUGCGAGGUGAUGCUCUUGAGCGCCUCAAGGAGAAGUUUAAGCGGGAACGAGAACGCAGCGAAGAGGAUGAUGAUACGAAGGGUAUCGCGCUCCACAACUCUGCGUCGUCCCGUCCUCGGAGGUCAAGCACAACUCUUCGAAAAGAGGCUAUGUUGCAGUCAAUGACAAAGCUACGAUCGACCACGGUUGUCACUAGCACCAUUGCACCACCUCGCGAACGAGCUUCGCCUCACACACCGAGCCCUGGAGACCUGGUAUCCAACACUCAGUUACCGCGUGGAGCCUCUCGCAUUGGCCAUAUGGACCAACGAUCAACCUCGGGGGCCUCGAUACGGCGACAGGGUGCGAAUCCUAAGGACGAUCGAUUCUUUAAUGAUCCCUUUGAUUCCAGAAGGUUGGGUCGCAUAACCAUGGAUCCGCGAGAAACUGUCGACGAAGACAACCUCUUCCGUGCUUCUAUCUUGGAGUGCAUGUUCAAGUCCCUCGGCCUGGACACCAACGGCAGUGCAUCGCGCGAACCAGAGUCUAUGGAAGGUUCUCCUAGACUGGUUUCACUCGACCAAAGGCGGUCAAGGUUCUACAGCCAAAGCAAUGCUUUUGGUUUCAUGGCUCCUUUUGACGGCUCUGUCGAUGGUGAAACCGAGUCCGUGACUUCUAACGGAACGGCUCUACAUGCUCCAGCCAGUGCCCAUGCUCUUGCCAACGACAUGAAGGAUGAGGUUGAGAUUGUAUUCUUCCCCAAGGGGUCUGUUCUCGUUGAACAAGGAGAGCGAAAUCCCGGGUUAUACUACGUCGUGGAUGGCUUCUUGGAUAUUGGCACAACGGGUGAUGCUGAUGCUCACAAUAUCCUGCAAUCCAAUGGCUUCGGCCCAUCACAUCAGGAUCCUUCAUCUCCGGAUCCAUCCGAGAUGGGCUCGUUUCCUAACCUGGCACGCACUGAAGCUGCACGUGACCAAGCCGAGACACAGACGCAGCAGCAACCAGCAUCGAAGAAGACACGUCGAAGUAUCGCUUUGGUCAAGCCGGGUGGUCUUGCUGGCUACAUUGGAAGUGUCUCUUCCUACAGGUCCUUCAUCGAUGUUGUGGCCAAGACGGAUGUGUAUGUCGGCUUCCUGCCUCGAGCCUCCUUAGAGCGAAUCGUGGACCGAUAUCCGAUUGUCCUUCUCACCAUGGCAAAAAGAUUGACCAACAUCUUACCUCGCCUAAUCCUGCACAUUGACUUUGCUCUGGAAUGGGUCCAAGUCAAUGCUGGACAGAUCUUGUUUCACGAAGCUGAUGAGAGCGAAGCCAUCUAUAUCGUUCUCAACGGUCGCCUUCGUUUGGUUCAAGAGCGCAAGGGUGGCAGUGGCGGUGUCACUGCUCUGGCUGAGUAUGGACAGGGUGACAGUGUUGGUGAGCUCGAGGUGCUCACUGAAACUGCUCGUCCAGGAACUCUGCACGCUAUUCGAGACACGGAGUUGGUGAAGUUUCCACGAACACUCUUCAACAGUCUGGCGCAAGAGCAUCCAAACAUCACCAUCAAGAUCUCAAAGAUCAUCGCAUCACGAAUGAGGGCAAUCGUUGAUGAGACUUCCAAGUUCUCAUACAAGGAUGCCAGCACCAACCCAAAGACUUUGAUGCGGAAGUCUACGAUGAAUCUUCGAACUGUGGCGGUCCUGCCUGUCACUUCAGGAGUGCCAGUCGUCGAGUUCGGUAACCGACUUAUGAAUGCCUUGGCACAAGUUGGUCCGGCAAACGGCGCCACCUCCCUCAACCAGGCUGCUAUUCUCAACCAUCUAGGCAAGCAUGCCUUCAACAAGAUGGGAAAGCUUAGGCUUUCUCAGUAUCUUGCUGACCUGGAAGAGAAGUAUGGCCUGGUUGUCUAUGUUGCAGAUACAAAUGUCAACUCCCCAUGGACCCAGACUUGCAUCACGCAAGCAGACAGCAUCCUCUUGGUAGGCCUUGCUGAAGGGUCACCUGCCAUUGGCGAGUACGAGCGCUUUAUGCUUGGCAUGAAGUCCACCGCCAGAAAGGUUCUGGUGCUUCUACACGCGGAACGUUACUCUCGUCCUGGGCUGACCCGAGCUUGGCUACAAAAUCGUAUGUGGAUCAAUGGUGGUCACUGUCACAUUCAAAUGGCUUUCAGAACAAAUGAGAUGCCAGUCCAUCCUCCCAAGAAGCUUGGUCAAGCACUCAAGGAGCGUGUACAGGUCUUGCAAGCCGAGAUUCAAAAGUACACGUCUCGCAAGGUGCAUCACACGCCGUACUACUCGCCUGAUUCGCCUUUCAAGGGCGAUUUCCACCGGCUGGCGCGGCGACUUUGUGGUAAGUCAAUUGGACUUGUUCUUGGUGGAGGUGGUGCGAGAGGCAUUACUCAGAUAGGUAUCAUCCGGGCCAUGGAAGAAGCUGGAAUUCCUAUCGACCUUGUCGGAGGAACUUCUAUCGGUGCCUUUGUUGGAGCCUUGUACGCUCGACACGCAGACGUUGUGCCCAUGUUUGGAUUUGCCAAGAAAUUUGCCGGGCGAAUGGCCAGUCUCUGGCGAUUUGCUCUGGAUCUGACGUAUCCGUCUGCGUCGUACACCACAGGCCAUGAGUUCAACCGUGGUAUCUUCAAGGCGCUCGGUGACACGCAGAUGGAAGACUUUUGGCUUGAAUAUUACUGCAACACAACCAACAUCAGUAAGAGUAGGGCAGAGUUCCAUACCAGUGGAUACGCAUGGAGAUAUAUCCGUGCCUCCAUGUCUCUCGCUGGUUUGCUCCCGCCUUUGUGUGACGAGGGCAGCAUGCUGCUGGACGGUGGCUACAUUGACAACUUGACAGUGUCGCACAUGAAGGGUCUUGGAGUUGACAUAAUUUUCGCCAUCGACGUAGGUGCAUUGGAUGAUGACACGCCGCAGACUUAUGGUGAUUCACUUUCUGGAGCAUGGGCUUUCGUCAACCGGUGGAACCCAUUCUCGUCUCACCCCAACCCCCCAACUCUUGCGGAGAUCCAGGGACGGUUGGCAUAUGUGUCGAGUGUUGAUGCCCUAGAACGUGCAAAGACGAUGGCUGGAUGCAUUUACAUGCGGCCACCGAUUGAUGACUACGGAACUCUUGAUUUCCACAAAUUCGAUGAACUGUACCAGCUGGGAUACAAGUAUGGCCAGGAGUUUUUCCUCAAGAUGAAAGAGCAAGGAGUCUUGCCUUUAGUAGAGGAGACGGAAGCCAAGAAAGCUUUGAGAAGGACAAUGGCGCCAAGACGAGCGAGUAUCUGA